GUAGUCAACGCACCGCUGCUGGGAGGAGGCAUUACCGACGUUUCGUCUGCCGGCCGGACGCCUCUUCUUCGGAAAACAUUUUCGUUCGCCCACAAACCCCAGUCCAGUGUCUUUGUUUGCGGUCUCAACAGAGCGAGAUCUGAGGGGAAGCAUAGCAGACCCUGCCCUCCCUGACUGGAGAGGGAAUCACAACCACUGCUCCAGCCAAACAGACCAUCUCUGCCUCCAUCAUGCAGACCUCCACUCUUCUCCUCCUCUCCCCAAUCUUCCUCCUGUCUCUCCUCAUCCCUGCCUGGUCCACACAGAGCGAAGCAGACCUCAUCGUACAGACACGUACUGGUCGAGUCCGGGGCAUCCGCCUGCUGGUGCCGGACCGAAGCUAUGUCACUGCUUUCCUGGGCAUCCCCUUCGCUGAGCCACCAGUGGGGAAGCGACGUUUCCGUCGUGCUGAGCCCAAGCGUCCGUGGACAGGGGUGUAUGAGGCCAAUGCCUACCCCAAUGCCUGCUACCAGUUUGUGGACACAUCAUUCCCCGGCUUCCAGGGCAGUGAGAUGUGGAACCCCAACAGGGACAUGAGCGAGGACUGCCUGUAUGUCAAUGUCUGGGUGCCCUCCUCAACCAGACCACACAAUCUCACUGUUAUGGUGUGGAUCUACGGCGGAGGAUUCUACAGUGGCUCUUCUUCGCUGGACGUGUAUGACGGUCGUUACCUAGCUCACAGUGAGACAGUAAUUGUGGUUUCCAUGAACUAUCGGAUCGGUGCCUUUGGCUUCCUGGCUCUGCAUGGUUCCUCUGAGGCUCCUGGCAACGUCGGUCUGCUGGACCAAAGGAUGGCACUGCAGUGGGUACAAGACAACAUCCAUUUCUUUGGUGGAAACCCCAAACAGGUGACUAUCUUUGGGGAAAGUGCUGGUGGUGCUUCAGUAGGAUUUCACCUCUUGUCUCCAGACAGCCGGCCUACCUUCACCAGGGCCAUCCUCCAGAGUGGGGUCCCAAACUGCCCCUGGGCGUCGGUCAGCCCUGCUGAGGCCCGCAGACGGGCCAUGCUGCUGGGGAAACUGGUUGGCUGUAAUGGAGGCAAUGACACCGAGCUGGUGGAUUGUCUGCGCAGUAAAACUCCACAGGAGCUCAUCGACCAGGAGUGGCAGGUCCUGCCAUGGUCAGCCCUCUUCCGGUUUUCAUUUGUCCCCGUUGUGGAUGGCGAGGUUCUGCCCGACACUCCUGAGGCCAUGCUUAACUCAGGCAACUUUAAAGACACUCAGAUCCUCCUCGGGGUCAACCAGGAUGAGGGCUCCUACUUCCUGCUGUACGGAGCACCGGGCUUCAGCAAGGACAAUGAGAGCCUCAUCUCCAGAGAGGACUUCCUGGAAGGUGUCAAGCUGAGCGUACCACAUGCUAACGAUAUUGGUCUUGAGGCGGUGGUGCUGCAGUAUACUGACUGGAUGGAUGAGAAUAAUGGGGUGAAGAACCGGGAUGCCAUGGACGACAUUGUUGGCGACCACAACAUCAUCUGCCCACUGGCCCACUUUGCUCGCUCCUACGCCCAGCACAACACCCUUAAGGCUAACAUGGGAGGAGCCGGCUUUGGAAUGGUGAACAGUGGAGUAAACUCACAAGGAGGCGUCUACCUCUACCUGUUCGACCACCGAGCAUCCAACCUGGCCUGGCCGGAGUGGAUGGGCGUGAUCCAUGGCUACGAGAUAGAGUUUGUCUUUGGCCUGCCACUGGAGAAGAGGCUCAACUACACCCUAGAGGAGGAGAAACUGAGCCGACGCAUGAUGAGAUACUGGGCCAACUUUGCACGAACUGGAAAUCCCAAUGUUAACCAUGAGGGGCUGGUAGACAGCAGGAGGCGCUGGCCUUUAUUCACUGUCAGCGAGCAGAAACAUGUUGGACUCAACACUGAACCAUUGAAGAUCCACAAAGGUCUAAGGAACCAGAUGUGUGCUUUCUGGAACCGCUUUCUGCCACGCCUCCUCAACAUCACAGACAACAUAGAUGAGGCAGAGCGUCAGUGGAAAGUGGAGUUCCACCGCUGGUCCUCCUACAUGAUGCACUGGAAGAGCCAGUUUGACCACUACAGCAAGCAGGAGCGCUGCACUGACCUCUGAGAGCCUAAGUAGAGAGAUGAGAGAAUGACAGGGAGGCAGGAGGCAGAAAGAACAACUCAUGGCCAAUUUCCUCCAUAGCCCCUCAGUGAAGUCUGAUUUCAUUUAUUUUUAUUUUUUAUUUUUAAUGUUUUCUGUUUCACUGCACAUACAAACACAGGCACUGUGGAUCUUUAUUUAUAUUAUUUAUACUAUUUAUUUAUGUAUUGUUUUUUCUGAAUUUGUGUGUGACUUAAUGGAAAUUAAGGGCUAUGGAGGGAACUUGUCAUCAUUAUGGAGGAGCAUUAGAAAUGUCAAAGAUGUGUCAUUACCUCGGGUAAAUGUGUGUGAGUGCAAUAGAGAG